CAGCAUACAGGAGGUUUGGGGGAACGCUUCCACCUCCAAGCAAACUCCACGUUUCCUGUAUUUUCUGAAUUGCCUCUAUCUCUCUCUCUCUCUCACUAACUGGUCACGUGAAGAAAUGGCUCCGUGGAAUACAAAACAAAAGCCUAAAGAAAAGUAUGUGUGUGAUAUCUCAGGGCCUAAACAUCUCCCCUCUGCAAAUUGGGCAUGUCCGAGUCAUCGGAGAACUGUUGCUGCCUGUUUGGUUCAGGGUGCAUACGCUCUGGAGUAUGAUCGACAGACCCAUCAAAACUGUGCACCAGCCUGGUGGAGGAAAUUCGAUUUUGAACUAAAACACAAGCUUAUUGAUGCUGCUGAUUCAUCCAUCUUUGGCGCCAUUUAUGAAUUCGAACCCCGACAAUAUAUUCAGAACUCAUCAUCUGCUCCAAAAAUCGUUAUUGCAUUCCGAGGUACUCUCCUCAGGAAGAAGUCUUUCUGGCAGGAUAUUAAACUGGAUUUGGAUCUCUUGAUGAACGACCUUUCACGGACACGCCGGAGUGAAAUUGCAACGACAGCCGUCGUCGAAAUCGCUUCGGCUUAUGCAAGCCGGCACUUAUGGUUAGCCGGUCAUUCUCUCGGGUCAGCCAUUGCAAUGCUUGCGGGAAAAAACAUGGCCAAGAGAGGCAUCAAUCUUGAAACUUUUCUCUUCAACCCGCCCCACCCAUCAAGCAUAUUUGAAUGGAUCCAAAACCAGACGGUGAAACAAGCUGUCCAUAUCUUUAGAAACAUUAUCGCAGUUGCAGCCGCUUUGGCUAAGAGAGGCAGUCUCGAGAGUUCGCGCAAGUACUUUGCACAGAUAUCAUUUUGGAUUCCACAUCUUUUUGUGAAUUCAGAUGAUUUCUUCUGCUCAGGAUAUAUUAGAUAUUUUGAAAAUCGGGAAUAUCUGAAGAACCAUGUUGCAGCAUGCAUUGGGAGGUUGGUAGCAAGGCAUCCUUCUAUAUCUCUAUUUGGAAGGCACUCCGAGCCCUUUCACCUCCUUCCGUCUGCAAAUUUAUUAGUAAGCUCUACCGACCGAAAUGUAACAGGAUGUCCUGUCAAACGCUUCAAACUGGCACAUGGUAUCUGUCAAUGGUGGAGCCAAGAUCUGAGUUUGCAAUCCAGUAAGCAUCAUUACAGUUGAUGCUACUCAGAUGAAGUGGACUAAAUUUUUAAUCCAUCAACAGAAGAAAUCAGUAGACUUGCGUUAUACACCUUGCUAGGUGAUGCAGGGGGCAUAAUGAACCAGCCAGGGAAGUCAAGGGAGAAUCAAUUAAGAGUCUUUGGAGUCAUUUAAUGCGUUGGUCAGACUUUCUUACCAAGUUGUGUCUUGGAAAUGUAUUUUCAC